GAAGCCCAGGAGCGUUGGGCAAUUGUGGUUUCCUCCCUGCCCUCAGGGACCAGCCGUGCUAGCCCAGCCCCGAGGCGCCUCGAGACCUCGUCUGCUCAGGCAUGGAGGAGACGGUUGUGCGGCCCUCAGUGUUUGUGGUGGACGGACAGACAGACAUCCCAUUCACGAGGCUGGGGCACAGCCGCCGCCGAAGACCGCCCUGCACUGCAGCGCAGCUGGGCCUGGGCCUUGUGCUGCUGUUGCUGGCGGCUGGGCUGGCCGUCCAGGGCUGGUUCCUGCUACGGCUGCACUGGCGCCUGGGGGAGACGGUCACACCCCUGCUGGAUGGAGAAGCAGAAUCCUGGAAGCAGCUGACAGAAGAACGAAGGUCCCACCAGGCCAACCCAGCAGCACACCUCACAGGUGCCAACUCCAGCCUGACGGGCAGCGGGGGGCCGCUGCUCUGGGAGACCAAGCUGGGCUUGGCCUUCUUGAGGGGCCUCAGCUACCGGGACGGCUCCCUGGUGAUUGCCCAGGCCGGCUACUACUACAUCUACUCCAAGGUGCAGCUGGGGGGCGUGGGCUGCCCGCAGGGCCUCACCAGCGGCCUGCCCAUCACUCACGGCCUCUACAAACGCACCCCGCGCUACCCCGAGGAGCUGGAGCUGCUGGUGAGCCGGCGGUCACCCUGCGGGCGAGCGACCGGCCCCCGCGUCUGGUGGGACAGCAGCUUCCUGGGCGGGGUGGUGCACCUGGACGCGGGGGAGGAGGUGGUCGUGCGGGUGCCGGAUGAGCGCCUGGUCCGGCUCCGUGACGGGACCCGCUCCUACUUCGGGGCUUUCAUGGUGUAAAAGGAAGGAGUGACGGUGACGCCUCCCCUCAGAGGGUGCCCUGGGGAACCCAGAACCCAGCAAGCAAAGAGCUCAGCGGGCACACCCGGGGCCGACAAGCCAGCCGCCCCCGAAGGCUGAAGACCCAGCAGGCACCUCUGAGGCACCAAAGGAAACCGCAGACCCCGCCGCGGGCAAUACUGAAGGCCAAGACCCAGAGACCAAGGGUCUGCAGACCCCCAAGCGGGGGAAAGCUGAUCUGCCUGAUAUUCAGGAAGAAGGGGUGAGGGGUGGGUAUUUAUCUUUUUGACUCAGAGAAGAGUAAGACUUGGGGGUCCAAGGACGUGGCCAGAGGUCAGACAACCUCAGCCUCCCCCACUCUCACCAGUGUGGGUGGUUGGAGGAAGGGAGUCGUCAUCACCAGGACCCACGGGCAGCCCAGCCAGUCCCACCCACAGCCACAGUCACACACAGGAGACCUGCUCACAGGUGUGCAGCUCCACCUCCUCCUGGCUGCGUAAGACCCUGAGACACGCGCAGGGAUGUGCGGCAACCGCCGGGGCCACCAGCUCUCCCAGGAGGGGGGAGGCUCUGUAGUGUCUGUGAUUUCCUCGAUGUAAAUAUUCCCAUCACGGCUGGUUUCUGGCUACCAACGGAUCAGCAUCCGGCUGACUGGACCUCAGCGCAGCUGAGCAUUCACAUCCCACCAGGACACCACGGCUGUGUUUCAGCACCCAGGUCGGGGCCUGGCUUGUGGCAGGCACUUGGAAAAUGUUUGCAGAGAGAAGGAAAGGGAGGAAGGGAGGAGGGAAGG